AUGAGAAAAAAAUACAAAGAAAUUAUUAAUAGUCUACAAAAAGAAAUAAUUUGUAAAAAUUAUUGUAUUAAAAAUUUAACAGAUCGUAUUGCUUAUUAUAAUGCAUAUUUUGGUAAAGCAUAUUUUGGUAAAGCAUUUGAAAUUUGCCAAAAUUUAUAUGAUCAAGAAAAAUUAUAUUCUCAAAUUAAUGAG